AUGAGAUCCUCUACGUUCUCGUCUUGUUCUGAAUUCUCUCAUCUAUCAUCUAUCGUCUAUCGUCUAUCACAUUAACUACAAUGGUUGCUACUAAGAAAUCCGACUUGAUUGUCACUUUGAACAACGGUGCUAAGAUCCCUCAAUUGGGAUUCGGUACUUACUUGGCUGAGAACGACGAUGCGUACACAUCUGUCUUGCAUGCCUUGAAGUCGGGCUACACCCACAUUGACACUGCUUCCAUCUAUGAGAACGAAGACCAAGUUGGUAAGGCUAUCAAGGACUCCGGUAUUCCAAGAGAGAAGCUCUUCAUCACCACCAAAGUCUGGCCAACAGCUGCUGAUGAUCCUGCAGGAUCCUUGGAGAGAUCUCUUGCUCGUUUGGGGUUGGACUACGUUGAUUUGCUUUUGAUCCAUUGGCCAAUCCGUCUCUUCACCAGAUACUGCAAGGACGAUUCUCCAAUCGAUUUCCAAAUUCCAGUCAAGCCUGAUGGAAGCAGAGAUAUCGACAUGGACUGGUCUUUUGUCAAGACUUGGGAAUUGUUCCAGCAAUUGCCAACCAGCAAAGUCAGAAACAUCGGUGUCUCAAACUUCUCCAUCAACAACUUGAAGGAAUUGUUGGCUGCUCCAACUACUACUGUCAAGCCAGUUGUGAACCAGGUUGAACUUCACCCACUUUUGCCACAAACCGAGUUGUUGAAAUGGUGUCAAGACAACGACAUCUACUUGCAAGCCUACUCUCCAUUGGGUUCCGUUGAUUCUACUUUGUUCAACCAUCCAGUCUUGACUGAGAUCGCUCAGAAGUAUGGUGUGUCCACUGCUCAAGUCAUGAUCAACUGGGCAUUGUCUAGAGGAUAUAUCGUUUUGCCAAAGUCCGUUACUCCUUCCAGAAUCGAGUCCAACUUGGAAAUCUUUGAGUUGUCUCCAGAAGAUGUCGCCAAGGUCAGCAAGAUUUCUGUUGAUGAAGGUGAGAAGAGAUUUGUUACACCAAACUGGGCUCCAUAUCCAGUUUUCCAAUAAGUGUAUCAAGUGUUCGCUAGAAUAGAAGCUUAAUAUAGAGAUCUUACUGUG